AUGGGCAACCUCGACAACUUCUUCGAGCUCGUCAAGGGCCGUCGCUCCAUCUACUCUCUCUCCAAAGAGUCCACCAUCCCGGACUCCAAGAUCGAGGAGAUUGUCAAGUUCGCCGUCACAUGGGCUCCCUCGACAUACAACGUGCAGUCGGCCCGUGCGGUAGUGCUCUUCAAGGAUAACCACGACAAGGUCUGGGAAAUUGUCAAGAAGCACAUGGAUCAGGUACCCCUGGACGAAGGGAUGCGCGGGUAUAUGAACAGCCGCAUCGCUGGGUGGAAGGACAGCUAUGGAACGAUCUUGUGGUAUGAGGACCAAACGGCUUUGGACGCUCUGGCAGAGAAGAACCCCAUGGUUAAGCCCAAGCUUACUGAAUGGUCUGAUCAUUCCACCGGUAUCCAUCAAUUCAUCGUCUGGACUGCCCUCGAGGCUGAGGGUCUGGGUGCCAACCUCCAACACUUCAACUUUCACCCCGGCGUCAUCGCGGACCUUGAAUCAACCUUUGAUAUUCCCAAGGAAUGGAUACUCAAGGCUCAGCUGGUGUUCGGCAAACCCACUGGUGGACCGCAGGAAAAGACGUUCGAGCCGAUUGAGAAGAGAGUCAUUGUGAAGUCAUAG